CGCAUAGGAGUGAACAGGCCGUGGCGGACGCAGCCAUCUUGCAUUUUGAGAGAUACGGCCUGAUUGUUACUUAGGUGGAAAAUCUCAAAUCAUCCGUCAUGUCAGAAAGGGAGGAUAACGUUUACAAGGCCAAACUGGCGGAGCAGGCUGAGAGAUACGAUGAAAUGGUGGACGCGAUGAAGAAGGUGGCGUCCUUAGACGUGGAGCUCACCGUUGAGGAGCGUAACCUUCUGUCCGUCGCAUACAAGAACGUGAUUGGAGCCAGGAGGGCCUCCUGGCGUAUCAUCUCGAGUAUUGAACAGAAAGAAGAGAACAAAGGCGCAGAAGAGAAGCUUGAGAUGAUCAGACAGUACAGGUCACAAGUCGAGAAGGAGCUUAAAGACAUUUGCUCCGACAUCCUGGGUGUCCUCGACAAACAUCUCAUCCCCUGCGCAACCUCUGGCGAAUCUAAGGUCUUCUACUACAAAAUGAAGGGAGACUACCACCGUUACCUGGCAGAGUUUGCCACUGGCAACGACAGAAAGGAGGCUGCAGAAAAUUCACUGGUUGCUUACAAGGCUGCGAGUGAUAUUGCCAUGACAGAGCUUCCCCCCACACACCCUAUCAGGCUUGGCCUGGCUCUCAACUUCUCAGUGUUCUACUACGAAAUCCUCAACUCACCUGACCGAGCGUGUCGUUUGGCAAAGGCUGCCUUUGACGACGCAAUCGCGGAGUUGGACACGUUGUCUGAGGAGAGCUACAAGGACUCAACCCUCAUAAUGCAACUCCUUAGAGACAACCUCACCCUGUGGACGUCAGACAUGCAAGGCGACGGUGAGAACCAGCAACCUUCUGGAGAGGGUGAGACUAAGGAGCAGCUGCAGGAUGUUGAAGAUCAGGAUGUGUCGUAAUGAGUUAGAUAUCAAGUGUAAAAAGCAUUAGUCGGCAAGGGACCAAUCGUGUGUCUGCGGCCGACUCAUUUUGGCCCUCCUCUCAAAAUCAUUUUACUUUUACAUCAACCUGAGCUCUUUAAAUUGUCUCUUUAUUAAAUUUUGGAAAACUUCGUACCCGUUCUUGAAAAACCAUGAUAUGAUAUAUGUCAAUUGUGCACACGUGUCUGGUUUUUUGACUACGGAUGGACUGGAAAAGGGAUCAUUUAAGGGCCAGCGGGGGAGGAAAUGGAGCAGGAGUGGCAUUACAAAGAAAAAAAAAACAUAAUUGCUGUUAACAUAUAAUUAUUUUGCAAAGCAUGGUAAAAAAAAAGCAGAAGAAUAACUCCGGAUGAUGUUUUUUAAAUGUAUCUAUGUGAUCUCUCUUUUCAAACUUAAACUUUUAAUUCUCACUUGGCCCCCUUGUUAUAAUUUUGCCGUUGUCUUUAGACAAGGUGUGAAUCACAAGUCGUGCUUUACCAGCCUGUAAAUGGUAUUGUGUAGGUUAUAAAAAAGAACUAGUGAAGUGUCACUGACAAGUUGAAAAGAAAACAUAGAGAAAAGUGCUCAAAAUCAACAGCAGGGCGCUGCCGAUUUGGGCUUCAAUUAAUAGCGACACAAUGCUGGCCGAAGAAUCCAUGCUUGACAUGUCACUUGAAAAUCUUGAAUCAGUACUGACAUCAUCUGAGCCCUUGACAAAACAGUCAACUGGUUCUUCGGGACGAGACCCUUAAUUUUGUAACCAAAGUGGCAAACAGGGUAACCAACCAACCAUUGUAUUGCUAUGCGAAUUUGGAAAAUCAAAUCAAUCAAUUGGUACCCUUAUCGACUCAUGACUUUUGAUUUGGUAUGUGACUGUGUGAGAAUGCAUCAACUCAAUAGCUGGACAAGUAUCAAUAAUCGAUCGGUCGACCCACCUACAUGCCGCCACCACUGCUAAAUGUAGCUGCCAAAAUUGAAUGUUUUUGUACCCCAAUCAGUCACAUUUCAUCUUGCAGUAGCUAAGAAUAUUGAGUAUAUUCAUGCCUUUUAAUUGCGAGUCGCUUUUAACAACUAGAAGUGAGUGAUGAACACAUUAGCACAGGAUUAAGUAAGUCAGUGUUGCCUUUCAAAAUAUUCCGACUGGCUCAAGAAGUUGUUCUGUUCUAAAACAAAAAAAUAGAAAUGUGCGUAUACUUAAUUGUUGUGUUAAGGACAAAAUAAAUUAUUUGAAGCGGUG